AUGCUGGAUCUGUGUGUUACCAUCAAAGGGGUGUCCUUCCUGCUGCAAACAGGGUUAGGGAUCCUGGGUAACACCCUGGUGCUGCUGGCGUAUACCCGGGUGGUCUGGUCUGAGCGCCACCUUCAGCCUGUAGACAUGAUUCUCUGUCACCUAGCCUUUGUGGACCUGAUGCUCCUCCUCACCCGCUGUGUUCCCCAGACCAUGACAGUGUUUGGCCUGCGUGACCUGCUGAAUGACCCGGGCUGCAAGGUCGUCAUCUACUCCUACCGCAUCUUCCGAGCCCUGUCAGUGUGCCUCACCAGCAUGCUCAGCGUGUUCCAGGCAGUGACCAUCGCCCCUACAGGGGGGCCCCACUUAUCCAGGCUUAAGGUCUGGCUUCCCGGCCUCAUCAGGCCCACCUUCGCUGGACUGUGGCUUCUCAACAUGGCUGUGUGCAUUGCUGCCCCGUUUUUCUCUGUCGCCCCACGCAACGGCACCGUGCCCGCCUUCACACUUAACCUGGGCUUUUGCCAUGUGGAUUUCAGGGACAGUCUGUCCUACAAGGUCAACGGGGUGGCUGUCUCUACACGGGACUUUGCCUUUGUUGGGCUCAUGCUGUGGUCCAGCAGCUACAUCCUUCUCCUCCUCCACCGCCACAGCCGCCAGGUGAGAAGCAUCCGACGAUCAUCCCAAAGCGGAGGAGCUGAGACCAGGGCAGCCAAGAUAGUGGUCAUCCUGGUGGUGUUGUAUGCUGUUUUCUUCGGUAUAGAUAAUGUCAUAUGGAUUUACAUGUUGACGGUACCUAUGGUGUCUCCAGUGGUGACUGACAUGAGGGUUUUCUUCUCUUCCUGCUAUGCGUCUCUCAGCCCCUUCUUCAUCAUCAGCUCCAAUAAGAAAGUCAAGAAUAAGCUGUUGUGUGCUACAGCCGUCCAUGAGCAGCCCUCAGUCAACACCCAGGACUCCUGUGACAAAAUCUAA